CUUUUUUUGUGUUGAGUUUUUACAGCAGCUUCCUUCCGAUGGUAAAUUGUAGGCCAGAGUUGGCGGAAAUACGUCAGUUGUGUGGGCUCUCUGAAGCUUGACUGUGUCUCUUAAUUUCGGAUGAAGGGAAGGAGAGGGGGGCGGGAGAGGAAAUUGUAAUCACUCCUGUCGCUUUAAGGACACUUAUCAAAGCCUUCUUAUGCGAAUAGAAAAUACCACGAGCCCCGGAGCAGCGGAGCCGCACAGGGACGGACCGGAGUGGAUUUAUAGGAAACUCAACAUGAUCUAAACUGGAAUAGACCGCUUCAUCGCCUCGUGGAGUUUGGCUACACACUGGAUGGCUGUCUUAUUCGGACGGUUCGGAUCAUUUAGGGAAUAUUGCGCAUAAGUAGCUUUCAGACUCGGGAUCCCUUUUGCAGCCGGCAGCGGGGAGAGGAAUAUGGUGUAAAACUCACCGCGGACGGGAUUAUUCACUCGAUCGAUCCUCUACGUAGGCUACUUGUCCGCCAGGCGUUUUGUUUCGGACGGAGAGCGCAGAGCUCUUCCCCUGACAGCCCUGGAUCAUGGAUCGGGGAGGUGGAAAACAACAACGGCCAGCGACCGGAUUUCUCUGCGCCGUCUGCAGCACGCAGCGAGCCUAGGCGACAACAGCGCUUGUUAUUCAAUCCCGAUGCCACAAAAGUUACAAAGCGGCUACAAUGCGUGGAUCUUCUGAACCCGUUCGCCGUUUUGCACCUGCUUUAGCGGUUACCGCGUCGACAUAGCGCCGAUUCGUGACAACCGUAACGCGCGGAUCCGCGUCGCUUUCUGCUCGCCCAAGUGGAAUACCUGAACAUUUUCUGAUCGUAAUGGAGAUUGCGGAGGUUUAUACUCAAGGUCAUUGAGUGGUGUAAGGCUAUAUUUGAUUUGCGUUGUUAUUGACACACACGCGCAGCGCUAUCUUCCGUUAUAGCGCUGCUUGCAAUUGCCAGUCCAGUGCGUGUUACUUGUUAUAACGCGCUGCAGCGAGCGGUCCGCCGAGCGCCUGCUGUGGAGUUGUGUUUAUCUUUCUCCUUGACACUGUAAGCGUUCUCCCACAACAUGGAGGGGAAAUUGAAACCGGGUCGGAGGUGCCGGACCAAGCGGGAGAGGGUGCGGAGGUUGCGGGAGGCAGGAAGCAGAGACGCCCGCAGCCCCGACCCCAAAUCCUCCUGCUCCGACAGGGAGGGACACAGUCCGGGGAGGGACGCCGCCUCCCUGCCCGGUAAGAAGGCGCCGCGCCCCGCAGCCACAGCCAGAGCUCCGCGUACCCCCCGGCGGAAGAGACGGGAGUCCAGCUCGCAGGAGGAGGACAUCAUUGAUGGAUUUGCUAUCGCCAGUUUCAUCAGCCUGGACCGUCUGGAGAAGAAGACCGGAGUCGUGAAGAAACAGGAGGAGAAGAAGGAGCGGUGGAAGGAGAAAAAGGUGGCAAAGCGGCAGAAAAAGGAGGAUGAGGAGAUGGGGGAAGAAGAGGAGAACGUCCAGCCGGUGGUGGAUGCCCUGGAAAAUGGCUUCCUUCAUCACGCCCAGCGGGAGCAGGAGAGAAUGACAGAGAGGCUGCUGAAGAAGACUUACUCCAAGAGGCACAAAAUGAUCAAACCUUUUGCACUUUGUCCAGUCAAAGUCAGAGAGGACGAGAAGGUGCAGGAGCUCAGCCGACCGCACAGAAGCAACUCCAAGGAGCAGCUCACCGAGAGUUCCAUUCACUCGCUGUCAGGCCGCGGCUACUCGGUGCAGCCAGCAGCAGUGGCCCUACUGAAGUGUGACAGUGAGAGUGACAUUGACAACAAGGUGUCUGAUGUAGGAUCGGAGAAGCUUUUUUCCCCCACCACACCCAAAGGUGUGCCAACGAAUGACUGUCCAGAGUCCAAGACUUGUAGCUCCGCCAAAGUAUCAGGGCUCCAGCGCAGCCAGGAGCAGAGCAACAGGGAGGUGCCCUUCAGGCCUCCUGUGCCCAGCCCCACCCCAGCUUCGGCGCCUACGGGCUCCCCUGCCCCCGCUGCAGCGGCGGCCCCCCCAGAACCCCCUAGGUCGUGCCUCCCUACCCCGCCUCCUCUCAGUGUCAAAAAAGAGCACCGCCCUCUGGCCCAUAUCCCUACCCCUCCCCUGUUGAGGGCGCCACCCCACCCUCACCCCCACACCCACCCCCAGUCUCACCCUCACCAUCACACCCACCCCCACACCCACCCUCACCACCCUCACCCUCCUCACCCACACUUGCACCAGGAGGCCUGUGUUCAUCUGCCCCCACAGCACCACGCACGGCCAGUAAUCAGCCACCAGGUGCAUCACCCGCUGCAGUACAACAGUCUCCACGACAUCAGCCACAGAAGCAGUCCAUUGGGUCUUCCCAAACAGCACUUGCCUCCAUCCACUCACCACCACAUCAGCGGGCUCCCAUCUUCCGCCCCCGCCUUGCCUCUGUCCAUAGAUAACCUCUCUACCUCGCACUAUUCCUCCCUACGGAGCCCGGCCCAUCGCCAUCCGGCCAUGUUUGCAACCCCAGCCACACUGCCGCCACCACCUACCUUACCGACCAACAGUUUAGUGGUGCCUGGGCACCCCGCCGGCAACCCUUAUCCAGAUACCAGCCUGUUGAUAUCAUUCAACCAACCAAUCAUGUAUUGCCAGCCUCAUUCGGGGAUUCUGAUUGGCACAUUGUCACAGGCAACUCUCUUACCACCACCAAUGAGUCCCCACGUAGAAAACCCUCACAGCAUGAGCUGGAGAAACAGAGAAUGCCAGUUCGACAAAUACGCCCCCAAAAUGGACAAUCCCUUUAUCAGACAUUCAAACUUCUUCCCCUCCUACCCCCCCACCAUGCCAGGCAUGCCCCCGCUACUCCCACACUCGGGACCCUUCAGCUCGCUGCAAGGAGCCUUCCAGCCCAAGUCAUCUAAUUCCAUUGACGUUGGGGGACGUCCUGGAGUACCUCACACACUCCUACAGAAGGAUCCCCGGAUAACAGAUCCAUUCAGGACAUCUGUUAGGAAACCUGGCAAGUGGUGCGCAGUGCAUGUCCAGAUCGCAUGGCAGAUCUACCACCACCAGCAGAAAAUGAAGCAAAUGCAGCUGGAUCCUCACAAACUAGACAUGAAUGGGAAGCUGGACCUGUUCAGUCGACCCCAAGCUCCAGGAGUCUUCCCAGGGUUUCCGUACACUCAUGACCUAGCACGACCCCUCUUCUCUCCCACAGGCUCUGGUCACCCCGCUCCCUCUCCAUAUGGCCACGUCCCCCACCCUAGCGGCUUCCUGCCUCCUAGCCAUUUGGCAGGUAAGUAUCCUUUCAGUCGCUCCAGUUCCUAUGGCGGCCUCGGCAACCUUUCAAGCUGUGCCUUCGGAGGAUUAGGCAACCCUUCGCUUGGGUCCAACAGCAUGUUUGGCACCAAGGAGGGGCCAGGAGGACUGCCCACGUUUGGCAGCCCCCACCACGACACCUGGAACAGACUUCGACGCACCCCGCCAUCUUUCCCCACCCCGCCACAGUGGCCCAAAACCGGAGACGCUGAGCGAAGCAGCUCAGCCAACAUACAUGAGAGAGAACGAGAAAGAGAAAGAGAAAAAGAGAAAAGAGACUCGUCCACCGGGAAGGAGGAGAAGGAUAAAGACAGGGAUUCUGUGGAUCGCAAUCGUCACUCCAACCGUUCAUCUCCGGCCUCCGCGCCAGUCAGCUACCAGAUGAGCAGCCUGAUCCGCUCAAACAGCCAGAACUCGUGUGACUCGGGGCGACAUCACAGUGGCAGUGUAGAUCGGGUCCGUGAGUCGGAGAAGGAGCUACUGGAGCGCCACAGAGAAUCUUCCACGUUGGGUGAUGUGAAGGUGAAGGAGAGCCGGUCGCCUGGCAAGGAGAUUCUAGAGAGGAGAUCCUCAGAAGACUCCAUCAAACCCGCUCAACGGUCUCCUUCCCCAUACUCCAAGGCAGUGAUCAAUGAGCAGGGCAUGAAAAUGGCUGGUGGGCCCCCGCCUACACUCAAGGACAGCGAGAGGAAAGAGCCCCCACCUGCAGAGCUCCUCCAAAAGGUGAAAAAUGACAUGAAGAUUAAGGAGGAGAGGAAGGAGGAGAGGAAGGAGGAGAGGAAGGAGGAGCAGGAGGUCAUGCUUAUAAGUUCGGAGCCGGCCCCCCAACCACCAGCCCAAUCUCUCCCUGCUCAAAUCAGCCAGCCUGUAAACCCACACCACCACCACCCACCUUUGUCCCACCAGCACCCUCUUUCCUCGCCACGGGGCAGUGACAUUCCAGCACCUGUUCUGCAUGGCGUCCCCAUGGGACACUCUCUGCCCCUUUCAAUGAGUGCCAUGCCCCAGAUGGGAAGCCUCAAUGUGCUGGACCGGGCGCGCAUGGCUCCCUUCAUGGGCGUGAGCCCUCUGGCAGGAAGAGAGCGCCUGCCCCACCAGGCCUUCCCUUGGGACCCCCUCAGAGAGGCCUACCGCAGCCUGGACCUGCAGCGGCGCAUGGACUUCCAGCUCCGGGCCGAGCAAGGACAUCGCUUCCCCAGUGUGUACGAUCAGGAGCGAGCCUACCGCGAAAGGGAGGCGCACGACUACUCUCACCACGAGCACCUGUUAGAGGUGCGCAGGGAACACGAGAGGAUGAGGCAGCAGGCGGAGGAGCGAGAGCGCAUCCACCUGAGGGAGGAGCUGGACAGAGCACGCCUCCAUCAGUUGCACCAGUCCCCCAUGGAGGGCCAUCUACCCCACAUGCCCCCCUUUAUGCCCCACCUAGGUGGCAUGCACUACCCGAGACUCAGCCCCUCCACGGGACACAACGGCCCUCUGAACAGAACACCACCGACUGCUGCACUCAGUGCGCCCCCGCCCCUUGUACCAGCUGGCGGUGGCAGGCCCGCCUCACCCAGGAGGACUACCCCCCUCACCACCCAAGAACCACGGGACUACUCCCCAUCUCGCAACCCCAAAGAGGUCGAGGCUCGGUAGCUUCUUAGAAGAGUGCACAAAGUCUUUCUCGACGCACUCCACACAAGCCCCACUCUCCUAAUCCGAAAUCUUCUCGUGAACAAAAUGCACUGCUCUGAACCAGAUAGGAGCACAACUUCCUUAGGGAAAGGGUAUGAUUGUACAAAGUAAAGGUGUGUAAGGCUGAUUAAGCACAUGCCAUGACUUUAUUUUUCGUGGUCUGGAAGUUGAAAAAUGUCGGUCGAGAGAACAUAAAUGUGUAUGUUUAUAUCCGACUUAAAUAUUUGAUAAUUAUUAAUAUAUUAAUCAAAUACCUUUUUUUCAGCUCUGUUCAAAAAGAAAGGUCCUGAAAUGAGUUUGUACAUUUCCUAUCCUUGUUCCAUGUAUAUAUAUAUAUAUCAUUUCUAUGAAUUUUAUGUAUUUUGUGCAUUAGUCAUGCCUUUUACAAUAUUUAUCCCAGUUGAUUGUGAGACAUAUCCAUUAUGACCCACUGUAAAGACUGGAUUUGGUUUCAACCUUCAGUAAUUUAACCUCAUGGUACCAGGAUAUCCUCAAUGAUGACAAUGUACAAUGUUACAUUACCGAUUUGUUUUGUUCAUUUGUUUUGCCUUUGAGAUAUGCAGAUAAAUAUAUAUUAUGAGGUCUUUAUUCAGUCUCUGUAAAGAAAACUCAUGUAAAUAACUUGUUGAUAUUCUUUUGCUGCAAAAUGACAGUGUAAAUUUAUUAGUCUUUUUAACCAUUUCUAGAAAAAUGAAAUGAAAUGAAACUUGGGGAUCGCUUCCCUUUUGAAUAUCAUGGCAACAGACAUGCCUGGCCAAUGGAUGAGAAGUAUGACGAGAGGGUGUUGUAGGGGGGCCGAGAAGGAUCAUCUGCAAUCUAUGCAAAGCAGCACACAGCACCCUAAUGAAGAAAUCACCCGGAGGGAGCAGACAAUACUGGUGAUACUGAAAGAUACUUGGAUUAACACUUGUUUAUAAAUAAUGAUGGAAUUAUUGAAAGACUUCCAAGUCAAAAACUGGACCAGCCCCAGACAGACAAGAAGGACACUUUUUAGUGGGUGGCAAAAGGACUUUCUCUGUCAACCUUGUGGUGUUGUGCAGUUGUUUUUCUUAGACUCUUGUAUACAAAACAAGUAGAGUUUUAGGCGUGCAAAAAAAUGAAAAUGAACAUUCUUGGUUUAAAAUGUACGGAAUAAAGUUUGGACCUAAUGUCA